AUGGCGUCACACAAAACCAGCGCACCGGCUACUCCGGCCGUCAAGUCCGCUCCCUCCGUCGUAUCGGCGACGGCCACCUCAAAAAAGCCGGCAUCCAAGUCGAUACACUACCCCUUCUGGUUCGGCGGCAGCGCCAGCAGUCUGGCCGCCUGCGUCACGCAUCCCAUGGACCUCGUCAAGGUCCGCCUGCAGAUGCGCCACGGCGACAUGCCGCGCACAAUGAGCGGCACCUUUGCCCACAUUGUCCGCACGGAGGGCAUCCGCGGCCUGUACAGUGGCCUGUCCGCUUCGCUGCUGCGGCAGCUGACCUACUCGACCACCCGUUUCGGUCUGUACGAGGCCAUCAAGGGCCGCCUGGAAGAGUACGCCGCCGGCAAGCCAGACGCCGGCCGCAAGAAAAAGAAGGCCCAGGUCUCGUUUGGCGCGCUCGUCGUCGCUGCGUCUGUGGCCGGCAUGGCCGGUGGCUUUGCCGGCAACGCCGCCGACGUGCUCAACGUACGCAUGCAGCACGACGCGGCCCUGCCUGUCGAGAAGCGCCGCGGCUACCGCAACGCGGUGCAUGGCCUGGUGCGCCUGGCGCGUGAGGAGGGCCUGGCCAAGGGCUGGUUUCGUGGCGUGUGGCCGAACAGCAUCCGCGCAGCGGCCAUGACGGCGUCGCAGCUGGCCUCGUAUGACAGUGCCAAGCGCGUGCUGCUGGCGACGACGCCGCUCACCGACUCACUGGCAGCGCACCUGAUUGCGUCCUUCUUGGCCGGUGUGGCCGCGGCGACAGUGACGAGCCCGAUCGACGUGAUCAAGACGAGAGUCAUGUCGUCGCACGGCGCCAAGCUGACGACGGUGCUGGGCGAGUUGUACGCGACCGAGGGCCUGCGGUGGAUGUUCAAGGGCUGGGUGCCGAGCUUCAUCCGUCUAGGACCACACACCAUCUUUACAUUUGUCUUCUUGGAAGCCCACCGCAAGCUGUACCGAAAGAUGAAGAGCUUGCCGGACCCGCAAUAG